AUGAUCGAUGAGGUGUUGUUUGGCGAGAAGUUUCAAGGUUAGAAUAUUUUUUGAAAGACACUACAUUUUUUAAUUUCCAGAAUCGCCAGUAAGCAGCAGUCAUCGCGAAAUUGUCCGAGAAACGGAAAACGACAGAAAAGAAGGUAUUCCUCUAUUUCUUUUCUCAAAAAUUGAAAUUUUAUGCUCAGAACUCGUAAUAAAGGCGCAUCGAUGUGUGAGCGGACUUCUUCGACUUGGAUUGAAGUACACGGGGACCAUGUUUCACACCGAUCGGAUCAUCCGGUACCGAGAUAUACUGGUUUGAAGCCGGAAAGACCGAGUUCGGGCUCUAAUCCACAUAUCUCGGGACCGCAUAAUCGGAUCUUUCUGAAACUCGGUCCCAAUAUACUUGAAUCCAAGUCCAAGAAGCCUGCAAAGUUUGCGGCCGAUCGGAUCAUUGCAAGUGGGUCAAAAGUCCAGACCAUGGACCGGCCAACAAAAAGUCCAAGUAAAAAACAGCAAUGUUUUCCAAAUUUCCAAAGUUUUCAGACAAUCCAAAUCUCCGCAAAUGGACAACAUCCUCAGUGUGAACGAUAAUCGGACGAUAAUCGAUUGA